UUCUUAUCUUUUUCUUCUUCUACAACUACUUUUUCCAUUCUUUCUCCUGUCAUAAGCGACAACAACAAUAAAAACAGGCACUAAUCUUUGUUUCCAGGUGGGAAAUGGAGUUUGAGCAACCCAUGUUUAGAGAAACAACGGAAGCCCUGAAAUUGAAGGCAGCAAAUGAUAGUAAGACUUCAACCAGGGACAGGCAUAAGUCACCAGGAUCAACAUGCCGUUCCUAUGUUUCCAGCAAACUCUUCCAUGGCUCGGAAUCAUUCAGGGCUCUAGAGAUGGAUGUGCCAAAGGUUGACUCCACCGAGAAAAAGCUGUCUUGGCUACGAUCUCAAAUCACUGGUGGUGAUGCAGAAUUUGACUCUCCUUUUGGAACUAGAAAACUUACUUAUGCUGAUCAUACUGCAUCGGGUCGCUCUUUUCACUAUAUCGAAAACUUCAUCGUCACCAAUGUUCUGCCAUUCUACGGUAACACUCACACGUCUGACUGUUACGUGGGGCACAGGACGACGAAAAUGGUGCAUGAAGCGUCAAACUACAUUAAAAGAAGCCUAGGAGGCGGUCAAGAUGAUGCAAUUCUGUUUUGUGGCUCAGGCAACACGGCUGCUAUUAAAAGGCUACAAGAAGUUAUGGGGAUUACGGUACCAUCAAUUUUGAGGGACAUGGUAAUAAAUUGCUUACCGAAUGAGUAUCGAUGGGUAGUUUUUAUUGGCCCUUACGAGCACCACUCAAACUUGCUUUCUUGGCGUCACAGCCUUGCUGAAGUUGUUGAGAUUGGUUUAGAUGAGAAUGGGUUCAUAGACAUUGAAGCACUAAGAAAACAGGUUGAGCUGUAUAAAUACGCCAAUAGGCCUUUGCUUGGCUCAUUUUCAGCUUGUAGUAAUGUGACUGGGAUUCAAACAGAUACUCGAGAGAUUGCCAAACUUCUUCAUGAGUACGGAGGUUUUGUUUGCUUUGAUUCUGCAGCAAGUGGUCCUUAUGUGGAGAUUGAUAUGAGGUCAGGGGAGAUUGAUGGAUAUGAUGCCAUUUUCCUAAGCCCACAUAAGUUUCUAGGUGGCCCUGGAACGCCCGGCAUCCUUUUAAUGAGCAAGACUCUCUACCGGCUGGGAUCUUCUCCUCCAUCAACUUGCGGAGGUGGAACUGUUAAUUAUGUCAAUGGCUUCAAUGAACAGGACACAAUAUAUGUAAGAUGACAUGAGAAGAAAGGGGA